AUGGGCUCGAUUACCGGCAAUAUGGAAUCGCAAACGGCCUAUGCCUUUACUGUCUACCGCGGCACAUUCAUUCAAUCGAUUAUUCCAGACUCGGGCUCCGAGCCUGAAUUGUCUCGCAACCAAGGCGCGUUGUGGGUCUCUGCUGCUGAUGGCCGCAUUCAAGGUUGGAACUGGCAAGCCAAUGAUGAGAAUGGGUUCGCCGAAUUGAUGAGUCGGAAUGAGUGGGUUGAUAUCGACGCCGUUGGGGCCCAGGGCAAAGUCAAUGGUCGUGGUUCGAAGGUCAGAGUGAAGAUUGUUACCGCGAGUGAGGAACAAAAUGAGUUCUUUUUCCCCGGGUUUAUCGACACCCACAUCCAUGCCCCGCAAUACCCCAACGUGGGCCUCUUCGGCUCAUCAACACUUCUAGACUGGCUAGAGACCUACACAUUCCCAGUAGAGUCACGCUUCGGGUCACCACCUGACCCAAAAACAGGACACCAAACCAAAACCGACCCCAAAGACUCGCCCCUCAUAGCCCAGCAAAUCUACGACCAAGUAAUCUCCCGCACUUUAUCCCACGGCACAACCUGUGCCUCCUACUACGCAACCAAUCACGUCCCAGCCACAAACGCCCUAUCAUACCUCUGCCACACCCGCGGCCAACGCGCCUUCAUCGGCCGCGCAUGCAUGGACAACCCGGACUUUUGCGUAGACUACUACCGCGACUUCAGUGCUGACGACUCCAUCGUUGCGACCCGCCAGACAAUCGAGUACAUCCACAACCUGGACCCAGAAGGUAAGCUCGUCAAACCGAUCGUCACACCGCGCUUCGCGCCCUCAUGCACGAGACCCGCACUACAGAGCCUCGGUGAACUAGCAGCAAGCUACUCGCCCCCACUGCAUAUUCAAACGCACGUCUCGGAGAACAUAAACGAGCUCGCGCUCGUCCAAGAACUCUUCUCUGAAGCAGGCAGCUACGCCGCCGUCUAUGACAAAUACAACCUGUUGACGCCGCGCACGAUCCUCGCGCAUGCGGUGCAUCUCUCCGCGGAUGAGCGGACUCUGAUCCGCGCACGCGAAGCGAAGAUCUCGCACUGUCCAGCGUCGAACUCGGCGCUGGGGUCCGGGAUUUGUCCGGUUAGGACGCUACUUGAUGAGGGGAUUACGGUUGGACUUGGGACGGAUAUUAGUGGUGGAUAUAGUCCUAGUAUCCUCGAGGCGGCGCGGCAGGCUUGUCUUUCUUCGCGGUUGUUGGGUCAAUCGGCUGCGUGGCAGAGGGAUAAUCCUCGGGGUGCGGAUCAGAAUGGGCCUGAUGGACGGGAAAAAUUGUCUGUCCCGGAGAGUCUUUACCUUGCUACGCGCGGUGGAGCGGCGGUUGUCGAUAUGGCGAGUGAUCUUGGUGGGUUUGAUAUGGGGAUGUUGUGGGAUGUGCAGUUGGUUCGGCUUGGUGGGGUAAAACUGUUGGAGAAGAGUCCGCUGGAUGGUGUUCCUGGCGAUGGUAGUGCGGAUCUUGUGAAGGCUGGUCCUGUGGGGAAUGUUGAUCUGUUCGGGACGGAGAGUUGGGAGGAGAAGAUUGAGAAAUGGGUUUGGAGUGGCGAUGAUCGGAAUGUGAAGGCUGUCUGGGUUGGGGGAAGAUUGGUGCAUUCAAGGGGUUGA